AUGGCAGAAUUAAAAGCUUUGGUGGCCGCGUCACUAGCCAGACUAGAAUCUGUUUUUUCUGAAUAUAAUGAAUAUUGCAUCAAAAUACUAGCUGUCGAUAUAAAUGACUCUGAAGAUUCUAGUAUAAUCGAGGACACCUAUCUAGACCUAGUAACCAAACUAAAUACUUUGUUAAAUAAGUCUGCAUUGCGGACAGCUACUCCAUGUACCUCCAAAAUAAAGCUUCCUAAUGUAGUCAUACCUACAUUCACUGAUUUACCUUCUAUGACGAAGUCAACAACUUCAACUCUGCGAAAUAUGAUUUCGGAGGUGAAGCAACAUCUGGCUGCACUCAGAAACCUGGACGAACCAGUAGACUCCUGGGACAGCAUUAUUGUAUGUAUUUUAUCCCGGAAGCUAGACUCCUUUUCCAGUCGAGCUUUCCAGAUGGACAGGGAUAACAAGUCUCGUCCCACUAUUAAAGAGUUUUUGAGUUACCUAGAAAAACGAGCACUAGCUCUGGACAACUUCUCAACGGGGAGCAGCUUCACACAACAGAAGCAACAGCCACAGCGGCUUGCCAGUCACGCCGUAGCUGCAAAUCCUGCUUCUGCAACAUGCAUCUAUUGUCCUGCUACCACAGCCUGAAGGGAAAGCUUGUCCCACUGGCCAGCGUCCUGCAACAGUGGAUACUCUGCACUCCAAUGUACCAAUCGUAGUUCACACAUCCUUCGGAUAUAUUGUUGCUGGUCGCAGUAGCAGUGCAGCAAUUAACAAUAAAAAAGCUAACAAGGUUGUAUCCUUAUUUUGUCACGAAUGUAAUGAUAGUUUGAGUGAUUGUUUGAGUUCUUUUUGGACAACUGAACAGGUGCCUGAAAUAUUUCAUGAAAAAUUACCAGAGCAUGAAUUUUGUGAAAAACUUUUUAAUGAAACUACUAAACUAGAGAAUAAUAAAUUUCAAGUUACCAUGCCUAUUAAAGUUCCAUUACAACAAGUUAACUUUGAGCUAGGGGAAUCAUUUCAUUUGGCCUACACAAGAUUUCUUAACUUAGAAAAAAGACUACAUAUGGAUCCAACUCUUUUCUAUCAGUAUAAAAAUUUUAUUGAUCAAUAUGUAGAACUAAAUCAUGGUGAAUACUGCGAUAUAAAUAGCUAUGAUAUGUCUAAA